GGUGUUUGGAACACAAUCCUGCGUGGGCAUUUCCAGCUCGCUAACCUUCGCGAAGCUAUGGCAGUGAUGCCGGAGGAGAGGGGCGUCGUUUCGUGGACUACUGUCCUCUUAGCAAAUGCCCAAGCAGGGCAUUUUGACGUUUCAAUUGCCUUGUUUAAUGUGAUGCCCGUACGUAGCGUGGCCAGCUGGAAUACUCUUUUACAAGCGUACACAUUGUUCAAAAAGCUGGCAGAGACUCGCGAUUUGUUUUUCUGCAUGCCAUUACGGAGAUGUUUCAGCGUGGAACACAAUGAUAGCUGGAAAUGCUGUAGCGGGGCAUUGUGCCGGGGCUCAAAUAUGCUUUAAAUCCAUGCCAGAGAUGGACGUGGUUUCUUUAACGUCAAUGAUGAAAGCAUUUGGCGAGGCUGGGGGCUUGCAGGGAGCGCAAAAAGUAUGUGAUUCCUCUCCCGCGAAGACAUCGUGUGCUGGAGCGCCAUGGUAACCGCGUGUGCGGAAGAUGCUAAGUGCCUGUUUGACCGGAUGCCUGAAUGGAAAACGGUGGCCUGCUCGGCCUUGAUCUCGGCCUACGGCCAACACUUCCAUCUCGAGGCAGCCAUGCAGACGCUCGACGCAAUAGCCUACCGUAAUGUGGGAUCCUGGAGCUCGCUGGUCGCAGCUUACGCCGAUAACGGGAGUCUCGAAAACUCAGCAAAGGUAUUUGCAAUGAUCCCCGACAGGGAUCCCGUGUCCUGGAGCUCCAUGAUCACAGCCUAUGCUCGAUCUGGGCGCUGUAACCAAGCCACCAAACCACCCGACUGAUGCAGCUCCAGGGCUUCGCGCUGGACAGCAUCACAUU